CCACGCUGCAUUGCAACCCUCGGACCCCAGAAGGGCUCCCAGCACCGGGUGGACGGUGUCACCAUCCUGGUGGCAGAGAGCAAGUGGCACGGGUCUUAUGGCAAAAUGUGGGGGAUGACGGGCACCGCGGCGCGGAGCAUCCGCCCCUACCAGUCCAGCGAGCAGUACCUCUACGCCAUGAAGGAGGACUUGGCGGAGUGGCUGAAGGAGCUGUACGACCUGGACAUCGAGGUGGGCACCUUUGUGGAGGUGCUGGAGACGGGGGCUGUGCUCUGCUCCCAUGCCAACAACGUCACACAUGUGGCCGGGGAGUUCGCCCGCGCCUGCCCCGGCAUGGCCCGUCACCUCCGCCUGCCCACCGCCGGCGUCGCCUGCAACCUCACGGCACAGCCGGGCACCUUCCAGGCCAGGGACAACAUCUCCAACUUCAUCCAGUGGUGCAGGAAGGAGAUGGAUAUUAAAGACGUGCUGAUGUUCGAGACGGAGGACCUGGUGCUGAGGAAGAACGAGAAGAACUUUGUGCUGUGUCUGCUGGAGCUGGCGCGCCGCGCUGCCCGCUUUGGCAUGCGGGCCCCAACCCUCGUGCAGAUGGAGGAGGAGAUCGAGGAGGAGCUCCGCGAGGAGCUGGACCUGCCACCUGCAGACACCCCCCUGCCCCGGCCCCCCAGGAAACCACGGGACCUCCACAACCUUGACCAGAUGGUCCAGCACCUGGUGAGCCGCUGUACCUGCCCCAUCCAGUUCCCUAUGAUCAAGAUAUCUGAAGGAAAAUACCGUGUGGGCGACUCUGACACCCUCAUCUUUGUCCGGAUCCUGCGGGAGCACGUCAUGGUGCGGGUCGGGGGCGGCUGGGACACGCUGGAGCACUACCUGGACAAGCACGACCCGUGCCGCUGCACCUCGCUCUCUCACAAACAAGCCUGGAAAACCAGGAACCCCCAGCAGCAAGUGCAGCACGAGAUCUGGCUCUGCCCGCCCUCGAAGGUGGCCACCCGUGGCCAGCCCCAGCCCGCGCUGCUGGUCAGCCGCUCGCAGAGCCCCCUGCCCCCUGUUACCUGGGGGUCCCGUGUGCCCCCCGGUCCCCGGUCCCCUGCCACCCCCUCACCAGAGGGUUCGGGUCGCCCGCCGGGUGCCAGCCCUCGCCAGGAGCCAGCACAGCCCCAGAGGAUUCCUUUGGGCAGGUAAGUGGUCCAGAAAUACUCCGUGUCCCAAACCCGUGCCUGGUUUCAGAGCAGUUUUUCUCACAUCCCUGAAUUUUUUUUCC